CGGUAGGGCGAAAGCUGCUUGGUGUGACGAUGGAUUGGCAGCGAUUCAUGCUGACUAUGGAACUGGGAAGAAUCUCCUGAUAAUUACAAGGAAGAGUGGAACCAUUACGAAGACGAGACUUUCUUUAUGAUGGAUAAGUAUAACCCUCCUCAGGUCACUCUCUCCGCCCUCACUGAGACUGGUCGAGACGAAUCAACAAUCCCUGUGUUGAAACAGCGGUCAUAUACUGGUACAAAUGUCAUACCAUCUACUCUGGCCGACACUCCUUGUGCCGAUCUUGGUGUUCGUGGAGUUUUCGAGAAGCUUAACACGACACUCGGCACUUCAUACACUCCAUCCCCCCUGUUGUUCUCACUUCUUGAAUCCUACAUCAAACAAGGAUACGAUUUUGGCACGGUCUAUGCUCAUUUGCGUUUCUACUGGUUUAACCCGGCCAUUAUCGAAGAAUCGUUGCACAGAGAUGAAGAAGAGGACAAGAAAAUGCGGAGAAAAGCAAUCGUCGGUGACAGGAUCACCAAGCGGGACAUGCCCCCUCGGCGCAUCUGGGAUCUAUAUGCCAAUCGGGUGGUCCCAUUCUGGAUUGCAGUCUCAUACUGGCAUGCGAUAUCGCAUGCAUGGGUGUCUGAGGAGGAGCGCAUGAAUCUGAUGACACCCAUCAAUGGCUACGAGUGGCCCGUGCCCAUGCCGAAAGAUGCCGACCUUAAUCUCAUUCGCAUCGAGAUGUUGAACUUCGGAGCAGAGUAUGUGUGGUUGGACGUUCUGUGUUUGCGGCAGGAGUAUGUGAUUAGGGAGGAUCGCUAUGAGGAGGAUCAGCGCAAGGAAGAUCAGCGCAAGGAAGAGUGGAAGUUGGACGUCCCCAUGAUCGGAGCAGUGUAUGAUGGCAGCCUUAGGAAGACAGUUAGUUUUCCUAGAAAGUCGCAUACAGUGGUCUACUUAAGCGGACUGGGUCGGCCGUUGAAUUUCAAGCUGGGUGAUCUCGAGAGUAACCUGUGUUGGUUCAAUCGGGCGUGGACGCUACAAGAGAUCCCAGAUGACUCUGGGCCACUCGCUGUUGGUGGGGAUACCGGUGAUGCGGAAGAGGAAAUGCGAAUGAAGGCCUAUAAUGCACUGGAAUUUUUGCGCGACAUGCGAAUAUGGGUGGAACCAUUUGAGAUCCUGUCAGAGAUGCGGAGACGGGUGUCAACAAAGCCUUUGGAUAAAAUUGCAGGCUUGAUAUACCUUCUUGAUGCAGAGUCUAUCCCAAUAUAUAAUGGGGCUCAGUCGGAAGAAGAUGCCUGGGCAGCCCUCGUGGAUACCACAUCGCUUUCGCUACGGACAGAGUUGUUCCUCUGCUUCCCUGGACCUGGGAAUAAAAAGAAAUAUUGGCAUCCAUCAUGGGAGCAGGUAAUGGCACACACACUUCCGUGGGGUAAUGGGAGACAUGGACGCAAUAUCGGGUGUGUUUUUCGGAUAGAGGAGAUAGAUUCCGACUGGUACGAGGGACCACGUGUUGACUCAGUCUAUAUCAACGGAUUGGCUGAAACAUCGAACAAAACUCGACAGGGAAAGUUGUUCAUCAAGGAUAGAAUGGGAAAAUUCUGUCCAUGCACAAUCGUUGCUGACCACGCCUACCCGAUACGCGAUGACUGGUAUACACUCAUAGCCCAAUGUGAAAGUUAUUCCCUUGGAUCAAGUCGUGACUGGGUAGUUGGGCGGCUAAGACACGACGGGAAGUUUGAGAAAGUGUCCGUAAUCAGGUUGGCACUGAACGAUGAAGAAACGCGGGAUCAUUGGAGGUUCAGAACUGAAACAUGGGUCAAAACAGUUCUUUGUUGAUUUACUUUGGUUUACAGUGUGCUCCACGCGAAUCCACUUAAUUUCGGCGAGAUAGGAC